CAUCACCUGCCGGAACUCUUGCUAGCUAACGUUAGCUCUUGCUAACGACAGAGUGAAACAACAUAAAGCAACGACAGAGUGACACGACGCAUAGCAACGACACAUAGCAACAAUACAAGCAAGAGAGAGAAGACGACACAUAGUAACGACCAUGGUAACGUCAGAGGGAAACGACGCAUAGUCAUGACACAUGCAGCAUUGACACAGCAAGACGACAUGGUCAAACGACAAGGACAGACGACAGGACGUGGUUGAAUCUGGUCCCGCUGAGCGGCCAUGGAGGGUUUGGAGGAGAAGCUCCGAGGCCUGUCCCUCGCCAGGCGCUCUCUUCCAGAGGACGCCACCUACCUGCUGGACGUGGCCCUGCAGCCGGCCGGCCUGCUGGCCGUGUCCUGCUCCAACUUCUCCGUCCACCUUCACAACAAGGACUCUCUGAACCUGGUGGGGGAGUACCGGGGCCACAGCGGCCCGCUUUGCGGGGUUGUUUUCUCCCACGCGUCCCCUGACUUCCUCUACUCGGGCUCUGCUGACGGGACGGUCCGGGGGUGGGACGUCCGCCGCCCCGGGACCGAGGCUGCCCAGGUGUUUAGAAGCGACCCGUCCCACACCUACUGCAGCGUGGACCUGAGCUGCAGCGACGCGCUCCUGUGUGCCGGCACCGAGCAGGUCAACGAGGAGGACAGCUUCCUGGUCUUCUGGGACGUCAGAAAGCCCGGCGGCGGGCUCCUCGGUGUGUAUUCCGAGUCCCACAGUGAUGACAUCACACACGUGAGCUUCCACCCUCGAGAGAAAGACCGCCUGGCGUCCUGCUCCACGGACGGCCUGGUGAACGUGUUUGACCUGAGCCGGGGGGCGGAGGACGAGGCGCUGCUCGCCACCUGUAACAGCGACUCGUCCGCCGGCGCCGUGCGUUGGUGCGGCGCCGACUACACCCAGCUGCUGUGCCUCAGCCAUGACGAGGGCCUGCACCUGUGGGAUCUGGGUCAGCUGGACACCGACGAGCCCCUCACCGUCUUCAGCACUCGGGACGCCCGUGGCCUGGCUCUGCUGGCCGACGGGGGGGGCGUGGAUUACCUGGUGGGGGGCGGGUGGCUGGAGGAGGCCCAGAAGCUGCUGGUGGUCGGAGGGAAGAACAGCGGGGAGCUCCACCUGAUGGAGUGUACCGGUGGGGGGCUUCGCCUGCUGAGGACCCUGGAGGGAGGCCACGCCUCCACGGUGCGCUGCUACCUGUGGGACGCGGCGGGGGAGGCUCUGGUCACCGGGGGAGAAGACGCUCAACUGUUGCUCUGGAAACCAGGAGGGGAGGAGCUCGCCGCAGGGAAAAGGAAGUCGAUGAAGUCCGAAUCAGCUUUGAGCCUCAAAUCCAGGCCGCAUAAAAAACAUGGCUACCAGAGAGAGAAGAAGGAAGCGAGAGAAAACGCUGCGUGAGUCGGACUAACUGGAC